UGGGCUCCACCUGUCCUCCCUAGGGCCUGCGAGUCGCAGCUGCGCAGCUGCGGUGGUCUGGUCCCCAGAGCAGGAGGAAGUUGCGGACAUGCCUGAGGCCAAACCAGCAGCCAAAAAGGUCGCCAAAGGCAAAGAUGCCCCCAAAGAAGCUCCUCCUAAGGAGGCUCCUGCAGAGCCCCCCAAAGAAGCCCCACCUGAGGACCAGUCCCCCACUGCUGAGGUGCCCAGCGGUGUUUUCCUGAAAAAACCUGACUCUGUAUCAGUGGAGACUGGAAAGGAUGCUGUCAUCGUGGCCCAGGUGAACGGGAAGGAACUCCCGGGCAAACCCACCAUCAAGUGGUUCAAGGGCAAGUGGCAGCAGCUGGACAGCAAGAGCGGUGCACGGUUCUCCUUCAAAGAGUCCCACGACUCAGCCAGCAAUGUGUACACCGUGGAGCUGCACGUUGGGAAGGUGGUCUUGGGGGACCGAGGGGAUUACCGUCUGGAGGUCAAAGCCAAGGACGCCUGCGACAGCUGUGGCUUCAAUAUCGACGUGGAGGCGCCCCGUCAGGACUCCUCUGGACAGAGCCUGGAAACUUUCAAGCGCUCGGGUGAAGGGAAGUCAGAAGAUGCAGGAGAGCUGGAUUUCAGUGGCCUGUUGAAGAAGAGGGAGGUGGUUGAGGAGGAGAAGAAGAAGAAGAAAAAAGAUGACGACGACCUGGGCAUCCCCCCGGAGAUCUGGGAGCUCCUGAAAGGGGCAAAGAAGAGCGAGUACGAGAAGAUCGCCUUCCAGUACGGCAUCACUGACCUGCGGGGCAUGCUCAAGCGGCUUAAGAAGGCCAAGGUUGAAGUCAAGAAGAGCGCAGCCUUCACAAAGAAGCUCGACCCAGCCUACCAGGUGGACAAGGGCAACAAGAUCAAGUUGAUCGUAGAGAUCAGUGACCCGGACCUUCCCCUCAAGUGGUUCAAGAAUGGCCAGGAGAUCAAGCCAAGCAGCAAGUAUGUGUUUGAGAACGUGGGGAAGAAGCGGAUCCUCACCAUCAACAAGUGCACCCUGGCCGAUGACGCCGCCUAUGAGGUGGCCGUCAAGGACGAGAAGUGCUUCACUGAGCUCUUCGUCAAAGAGCCUCCUGUCCUGAUUGUCACACCCCUUGAGGACCAGCAGGUGUUCGUAGGGGACCGGGUGGAAAUGUCAGUGGAGGUGUCGGAGGAAGGUGCCCAGGUCAUGUGGAUGAAGGACGGUGUGGAAAUUACACGGGAGGAGUCCUACAAGGCGCGCUACCGCUUCAAGAAGGACGGCAAGCGCCACAUCCUCAUCUACUCCGACGUGAGCCUGGAGGACGGGGGCCGCUUCCAGGUCAUCACCAAUGGCGGCCAGUGCGAGGCCGACCUCAUUGUGGAAGAGAAACAACUUGAGGUACUGCAGGACAUCGCAGAUCUGACGGUGAAGGCCGCAGAACAGGCUGUGUUCAAGUGUGAGGUGUCGGACGAGAAGGUGACAGGCAAGUGGUACAAGAAUGGGAUUGAGGUGCGGCCCAGCAAGAGGAUCACCAUCUCCCAUGUUGGCAGGAUCCACAAGUUGGUGAUUGAUGAUGUCCGCCCCGAGGAUGAAGGGGACUACACCUUCGUGCCUGAUGGCUAUGCGCUGUCCCUCUCAGCCAAGCUCAACUUCCUGGAAAUCAAGGUGGAGUACGUCCCCAAGCAAGAACCACCCAAGAUCCACUUGGACUGCUCUGGAAAGACCUCCGACAACUCCAUUGUGGUCGUAGCUGGGAACAAGCUGAGGCUGGAUGUAGCCAUCACAGGGGAGCCACCACCCGUUGCCACCUGGCUGAAGGGCGAUGAUGUGUUCUCAGCCACUGAGGGCAGGGUUCGUGUGGAGCAGCGGGUAGACUGCAGCAGCUUUGUGAUUGAGAGCGCCGAGCGGGCAGAUGAGGGCCGCUACACCAUCAAAGUCACCAACCCUGUGGGGGAGGAUGUGGCCUCCAUCUUCCUUCGGGUUGUAGAUGUCCCAGACCCCCCGGAGGCUGUGCGUGUGACCUCAGUUGGAGAAGACUGGGCCAUCCUAGUCUGGGAGCCACCCAAGUAUGAUGGGGGACAGCCAGUCACAGGGUACCUCUUGGAGCGGAAGAAGAAGGGCUCUCAGCGCUGGAUGAAGCUGAACUUUGAGGUCUUCACGGAGCUGACCUAUGAGUCCACCAAGAUGAUUGAGGGCGUUCUCUACGAGAUGCGGGUCUUCGCAGUCAACGCCAUCGGCGUCUCCCAGCCCAGCAUGAACACUAAGCCUUUCAUGCCCAUCGCACCCACAAGUGCGCCCCAGCACCUGACAGUGGAGGAUGUGACAGACACUACCACUACACUCAAGUGGCGGCCGCCGGACAGGAUCGGGGCGGGUGGCAUCGACGGCUACCUGGUGGAGUACUGCCUGGAGGGCUCCGAGGAGUGGGUCUCUGCUAACAAGGAGCCGGUGGAGCGCUGUGGCUUCACGGUUAAGGAUCUCCCCACGGGGGCCAGGAUCCUCUUCCGGGUCGUCGGGGUCAACAUCGCGGGCCGCAGCGAGCCGGCCACGCUGCUGCAGCCAGUUACCAUCCGGGAGAUCGUGGAGCAACCCAAGAUCCGCCUCCCCCGCCACCUGCGCCAGACCUACAUCCGCAAAGUGGGGGAGCCCCUCAACCUGGUCAUCCCCUUCCAGGGCAAGCCAAGGCCCCAGGUGGUGUGGACGAAGGGCGGGGCCCCCGUGGACACCUCCCGCGUACACGUGCGCACCAGCGAUUUCGAUACCGUGUUCUUCGUCCGCCAGGCGGCCCGCUCUGACUCCGGGGAGUACGAGCUGAGCGUGCAGAUCGAGAACAUGAAGGACACGGCCACCAUCCGUAUCCGAGUCGUGGAAAAGGCUGGACCUGCGGAGAACGUGAUGGUGAAGGAGGUGUGGGGCACCAACGCUCUGGUGGAGUGGCAGCCACCCAAAGAUGACGGGAACAGUGAGGUCACAGGGUAUUUCGUCCAGAAAGCCGACAAGAAGACCAUGGAAUGGUUCAACGUCUACGAGCACAACCGGCACACCAGCUGUACUGUGUCUGACCUCAUUGUGGGCAAUGAGUACUACUUCCGUGUGUUCAGCGAGAACAUCUGCGGCCUCAGUGACUCGCCUGGAGUUUCCAAGAACACAGCCCGCAUUCUUAAAACAGGAAUCACCCUCAAGCCACUGGAGUACAAGGAGCACGACUUCCGGAUGGCUCCCAAGUUCCUGACACCCCUCAUCGACCGGGUUAUCGUGGCUGGCUAUGCCGCAGCUCUCAACUGUGCCGUCAGAGGCAACCCAAAGCCGAAGGUGGUAUGGAUGAAGAAUAAGAUGGAAAUCGGCGAAGACCCCAAGUUCCUGAUGACCAACUACCAAGGGGUCCUCACACUCAACAUCCGCCGGCCCUCGCCUUUUGAUGCUGGCACCUACUCCUGCCGGGCCAUCAAUGAGCUGGGGGAGGCGCUGGCCGAGUGCAGGCUGGACGUGCGGGUGCCACAGUGAAACUGCCCCCCACCUGGCAAGAUGACUGAGCCCUGACUCCAACCCCGGAAAGCUACAGACUGUACCUUUCUCAGGUUCUUGCUGACAACAAAACAGUGCUGCUUA